UGUGUGCGGGCUCCUUUAAGAGCGUCACUUAAUGAUGAUGUCAUCAGCGUCAGACUAGUUCUAGUCGGUUGUUUAUGGGAAGCCAUCAAGCCCUCAUGGCAGCUCUGUCAAUCUUAAUUCAUCUGCUACAUUUCAUGUUCUUUCGAAGGCAUUGUUGUUUUACCCUACUUCCAGUCAGCCAUUAAAUGAAGUGAAUUGGAUGUCUGCUUCAGUGUGGUGAUUGGUAGAGGAGUUGUCUGUCUGUCAACUGAUGCAAGGCGUAUUAGGGUGGUAGAAUAAAACAACAACUUCAUGCGGACUGAUCUACAGCAGAAAAGGUCAAAGUAGCUCCUUUUUGUGGAAGAGAGACACAUAAUUGGACUCCCUUUACACUAUGGAAGACUCAAAGACCCCAACUCAUAGCACUUUAACGACUUGGUCUAAUCGGUCAAUGUCAUCCAAACGUUCAAAAGGGUCUUCUGUCAGUUCUGCUAUUGCCUUAGCUCUUGCUGAAGCUGAAGAAGCCAAAGUUAAAGUAGAAUAUGCAGAGAAGGAAAUGCGCAUAAAGAUGCAAAGUGCACACUUGGAUGCAGAAAAGGCACGUUUGGAGGCACAAUUAUUUGUUUUAGACGUUAAAAGGAAAGCUGCUGCUGCGGUAGCUAAGGCUGAAGCACUAACUGCAGCCUUAAGUUGUGAUAAAGAAUCAAGUCAGAAAUCUGACAUUGAACACAGAUCUGGCUCUCACGAUUCUAUUCUAAGAACAAAAGAGUAUGUUCAAGAACAAGCUAGACUGCAAGCUAACGACUAGUUAGGUCAAUCUGAGAUGUUGGAGGAUGCAUGGCCGCCGCCGCCACCAGCAGAAUUAUUUCAAAAGAAUUUGACAGAACGGCCAUCCUAUGAAAUUGAGGGUUUCGGCACAAACAAAGACUACAGAUGUUAUGAUACCUCUAAAGUCAUUCUUGAGGCCGAGUUGCAUCUCUUUGGUGCUCAUUCAAACACGUCUGCCGGUUACGCGCUCUAUCCUGAUGGGUAUUAUUCUUCUCAACCUCCGUAUGUAAAAUCCGCUCCUGCCAUCAAGUCAGGACAGGAUCCUUACCCACGUAAUAUAAGGCCGCCUGAUGAGACAUGCCACAUGCCCACCUACAUGUAUUCACAUUCUAACAUGCAGUCAUCAGGAAGGGCUCCAAAUGCCCACAUUUAUCCACAAGUUAAAUCAUAUGCUGCCACUCCAUCUCAACAUGUCCAAUUUCGGGCUAGUACUCCUGAUGUAAAUCCGAGUGUUUCCGAUCUCAUCAGAUUCAUGGCACGGCGAGAGAUUGUUUCAACAAGCCAACUAUCAUUCGAUGAUCGCCCUGAAAACUACAGAGCAUGGAAGGCAUCAUUCUUAACUGCCAUCAGAGAUCUUAAUCUCACGGCUAAAGAAGAGAUGGAUCUAUUGUUCAAAUGGUUAGGGGCAGAUUCUAGAGAACAAGCAAAACGUAUAAGAGCAGUACAUAUCAGAAACCUAGACAGAGGUCUUCAGAUGAUCUGGGAACAGUUGGAUGAUUGUUUUGGAGCACCUGAGGUCAUUGAAAGUUCAUUACUCAGGAGACUAGAUGGUUUCCCAAAGAUUUCAAAUAAAGAAACAAACAAACUUAGAGACUUAGGAGACCUCCUCAUGGAACUCCAAGUGGCAAAAUCUGAGGGAGUGCUAUUAGGUCUCGCUUGUUUGGACACUGCACGGGGCAUAGAUGGUAUAGUGCAAAAGCUACCUUUCAGUAUGCAAGAGAAAUGGAUGGCUCUAGGCUAUGCAUACAAACAACGGCACAAAGUCCCCUUUCUCCCAUUUUAUGUACUUGUUAACUUUGUCACAGAACAAGCAAAAAUGCGGAAUGAUCCCAGUUUUGUUCUUCCUCUUCAUGCUGAUAAUCCAAAGCCAGGAAGCUUUAAGAAUGUUAACAAAGCUUCAAUCUCAGUUUAUAAGACCAAUGUUUUUCCAGAGAGAACUGUAACUGGCGAAACCCAAAAUGUUAAUAUAGAUGUGGUUAAAUUCUGUCCUAUACAUAAAAAACCACACCCUUUGAGCAAAAGCCGUUGGUUUAAAGAGAAAUCAUUUGAACAUAGGAAGGCCUUUUUGAAGCAGAAUGGGAUUUGUUUUAAGUGUGUAGCAUCCACCACACAUUUUGCAAGGAACUGCGAAAAUCUCAUCAAGUGUUCUGAAUGUGGCAGCGAAACACACCAUUCCGCUUUACGCCCAAAAUCUAUCUCUCAGACUGAAAACCCACAUCCAGACCAAAGAUCAUGGCGGGGAGAAGGAACCUUCCGAAGACGAAGUGUCGACUAAGUGUACAGGAGUCUGUGGUAGUGACAUGUUCAAAGAUUUGCCUUGUGACAGUGUUUCCAAGUGGUCAGCAAGAGAAAGCAAUCAAGGUGUAUGCCAUCAUUGAUCAAAGCAACCGGUCUUUGGUGAGAUCGAAAUUCUUCAGUGUCUUUGAUUUGGAUGGCAACAGAUCCUCUUACUAUCUCAAAACGUGUGCAGGGAUGAUCCAAACAAGUGGUAGAAGACCACAUGGUUUCCAGGUGGCAUCUAUUGAUGGUCAGGUUGUUCAUAUUCUUCCAAACUUGAUAGAAUGUGAUAACAUCCCAGAUAAUCGGUCCGAGAUACCCUCGCCACAAAUUGCUCUUCAUCAUCCACAUCUGAAAGGCAUUGCAGCACAGAUUCCAGAGGUUGACUCAGAAUUUCAUUACAUUAAUGGCCCCCCUGAAUCUCCAUAUGCUCUGAAGCUGGACUUUGGCUGGGUCAUAGUUGGUGACGUGUGCUUGGGCAGAGUUCACAAGCCGGAAAAGUGUUAACUCUUCACCACUUCACCCGCACCUUGGAUAAUGGUCGUCAGUCACUGUUUAAGACGUGUCCUAGCGUCUUUUAUAUCAAGGAGAAUGUUUGUGAUGUAAAGCCCUCAAGUUCUUGUACUGUUACUCCACUAAAGAAGUCUGUAUGGAAAAGGGACAAUCAUGUAGAACAGGACAUCUUCAAGUGGUAAUGCUCAUCCCUUCCAAUUAAUUCAGUGACUGGUUUACUCCUUUAGGUGUUUAGGGUACAAUGAGUCAUGGUAUCCAGUGAUACCAGGCAGGGAGUGUGUUAUGUGAUAUAAUUAAUGUGUGCGGGCUCCUUUAAGAGAGUCACUUAAUGAUGAUGUCAUCAGCGUCAGACUAGUUCUAGUCGGAAGCCAUCAAGCACUCAUGUCUGUUCUGUCAAUCUUAAUUCAUCUGCUACAUUUCAUGUUCUUUCGAAAGCAUUGUUGGUAUGUUGAGUCAUGUUAAAAGGUUAUCUAACUAUAUUUGUCAGUAUUUUACAUUUUGUUCUAAGAGUUCAUUUAAAUUUGAAAUCCAAAUAUUUACAGUCAGACAACAUGUGUUCAAUAUAUAUUGCUUUAAAAUGUGCAUGUUGGACACAAAGGACUUUAAAUGUUAGUUGUGUGAUACAGUAUGGUCUAUUCAUGAAUACAUGUUUGAUUCUCAUUUAUGUAAACAACUUUCAUUUAGCUAAAAUUCAUUCUUUUCUUUAGAUUUAACCCUACUUCCAGUCAGCCAUUAAACGAAGUGA